CCGCUGACGAAGAGGGAGUGCAGCUGCCCUCCUCGGUACAGAUUUUACCGUCCACCUGCCGAGGAAGAAGUCAGAGCGAUGUGGCUGAAAAAUUUAAAUCUUAAGAAGCCACCGAAAACAUUAUAUGUGUGUUCGUUUCAUUUUGUGGAUAAAGCACCCACGGAGGAAAAUCCGUAUCCAACAUUAUGGUUGGAUUACUCCACACCACCAAAGAAGAAGAGACGCUGGGUACUGCAGAUACCUGACAGCAGUGUCACAAGAGCAGAUGAUCCCGAUGAGAUGGAAGAGAAUGACCCAUUCUGCAAAGCAUCUCAAGACGCCCAAACACGGUCAGACCCAUCAAUGGAGGAUCACACUUACGCCGAGAGGGCCACCAUCUUCCAUAGACUGCCUGAAUCUCCUCCAGAAUCCCCACAACCUGUUGCUAGUCGAAUAGUUGAAAAUGAUGCUGACUCUCUUUUGUAUACAGGGAUUCCACUCACUGAAUUCCAAACCCUUGUGUUUUGUUUAAAACCUUUCUCUCCUACCUCACUCUCAAUGCCAUUUGUGGACCAAAUUUUGAUGACUUUAAUGAAGCUCAGACAAAACUUUGUUAUGGCUGAUCUAGCCCGCAGAUUUAAAGUGUCACAAAGAGAGGCUAGUAAAACGGUUCAAAUGUGGAUUGACAUUAUGUUUGAACACAUGAAGGACCUAGUUGUGUGGCUGCCACAUGAAACAAUCAGAGCAACGUUGCCAAAGCCUUUUAAAGACCAUUUUACUAACACCACUUGUGUAGUUGACUGCACAGAAACAGUUAUUCAAAAAGCAAAAAAUCCAGAUUCAAGAAGUGAGUCAUACAGUCACUACUAUGCAAACAACACUGUGAAGUAUUUAGUGGCUGUGUCUCCUUCUGGUAUUAUCAUGUUUAUUUCAGAUGCUUAUGGCAGCAAAUGCAGUGACAGAUAUAUAACAGAAAACUCUGGUUUCUUAGACUACUUAAGACCUGGAGAUGAGGUUAUGGGUGAUCGGGAGUUUACAGUCAGGGACCUACUGGAGGAGCGUAGGGUGAACUUAAUAAUUCCGCCAUUCACACGUAAAGGGUGCCAGCUGACCAAAGAGAAGGUCACACAAACACAUCGCAUUGCUCAUGCUCGCAUUCAUGUUGAGCGUACCAUAAGACGUCUGAUGGUCUACAGGAUUCUCUCGCAAACAGUGCCAAUAAACUUAGUUUCAAAAUUUGACAAGAUUCUUAAAAUUUGUGCGGGGUUGGUGAAUUUAAGAAAUGAAUUUAUUGCCAGUGAACACUGAGAAUGUAUUUGAAAUGAACUGUUAAUCAUCAAACUAAGUAGUUUUUGCAGCAUUAUUGCACAAUACAUAUUUUAUUCUGUGAACACCAUCAUUAAACAGCUAAAGUACAGCUUUAAAGUAUUUAACAAAUAACAAAACCUAAAUUAACUUUUGCAAACUGCAUUUGCUGUUCUCAAGUAUUUAAAGGUGUACAUUAAACUUUUAUUUUUGUACAGUUUUGUGUGUGCUGCGUGUAAAGUACUUUGUGUUACAAUUUGAAAUGAAUGUGUGAAGUGCUGUAAACGCAAUAACUGAAUGCAAUUUUUGCUUUGUACAAUAAAAACAUUGAACUAAUGAUAUGAAUAAAUAUUUCUCUAUCCAGUGCUCAUUUUUGUCUGUAAUCACAUUUUAUCUGUUAGGUGCUUAUUGUAGUUUUAGGGUGUCAUGAUAUUUGGGGCAGAGAACAACUUUCUUUGCCACAAAUUCAUCCACUAAGGUUGGAAACAUAUGUGUGAAGUAGAAAUUGUCGAGGUGUUCAAUGUGUACAUCUGUAAAUGCUUUGGCAAAUGAAAUCUCCAACUCCAGAUGCUCAGAUGGUGUCCAGAUAACCAGCUUGCAGGUUUUUUUCUGCAGGAACAUCGUUGUCAGCUAAACCUGGAGAAAGAAAUGUUAAUAUUUUAUUUAAAAAAAAAAAAAAAA